CGCUGUGAUUGGCUGAUGCGGGGAGGUCACAUGACCCGAGUGCACGGGAAGAUGGCGGAGCAGGCGGGCGCCUCGCCCGAGGACCCCUGGGGGAAGGUGGAUUCUGCAUACAGCGACAGUGGACUGGAUCCCUCGCUCUUUGUGGAAAGCACUAGGAAAGGAAGCAUAGUGUCCCGAGCUAACAGCAUUGGCUCCACCAGUGCCUCCUCAGUCCCCAAUACAGAUGACGAAGACAGCGAUUAUCACCAGGAAACCUACAAAGAGUCGUACAAGGACCGGCGCAGACGCGCCCACACCCAGGCUGAGCAGAAGAGACGAGAUGCCAUCAAGAAAGGCUAUGAUGACUUGCAGACCAUUGUUCCCACGUGCCAGCAGCAGGACUUCUCCAUUGGCUCCCAGAAACUGAGCAAAGCCAUCGUCCUGCAGAAAAGUGAGUCUGGGGGGAGUGAUUUCGGGGCCUGUGCUGGCAUUCCUAACAACUGUGACAAAUAG